GCUUCGCAAUCUGUUGCCAAGUUCCAGUUGUUUAGUUAUUUCAUUUAAAAGAAAAUUAAUUGUCGAGAAGCAAUUUUUAAGGGUACCAAUUUUGUUUUUGUUCUCUAAAGUCUGCUGUUCGAAAAGUAUUGUUUUUAUUGUUACUUUUUCGAUCAUAGUCGGUUUUGUCGUUGUUUGCUAUUAUUUCCAUUUCUUCGCAUCUGUUCUCAUUCUUCUAUGUAUGUGAAAAAUCGAAGUCUGUUUGUUACGCUGUGCGUCUGAGGGACGAAUAACUUGGUAAAAUUACGAAGGAAAUGCAAAAUUUUGCAAAUUAGCUUCUGCUAGAACAGGAGUAUAAUUGCUGGGCAACUUACUUAUUAAAACGCCGAAAAUAUAAAAUUUUAAGUGAAAAACGCUGUGGGUGUAGACAUUUAACAGCGGACCAAACCAAGCGACACAGUGUAAGAGAUUUUUUUGUUAAGCAGAAAGAGUUGUGUGCGAAAAACAUAAAACGAAAUAGUCGACUAACAAACUUCUGGACAUUUGAAUUUUGAACGUCGAUAUUGAAAGCACUGGUUGAGCGAGAUGGCAGAAGACACGGAAUACAAGAAGCUGCCGGUGGAUGAACGAUGUGUUCAUAAAUUGUGGAAGGCUCGAGUUGAUGGGUAUGAAGAGGCUGCGAAAAUUUUCCGAGAAAUAGACGAUGAAAAGUCGCCGGAAUGGAUGAAAUUUGUUGGUCUGAUUAAGAAAAUGGUGGUCGACUCGAAUGCAAUGGCGCAAGAAAAAGGACUGGAGGCUGCUUUAAUUUUUGUAGAAAACUGUGGCCAUGCUGGCAAGACAGUUGGUGAUGUUAUGUCUGGCAUCGUCCAGAAAUGCAUAGCUGCGCCAAAGGCUAAGACAAAGGACCUGUCGGUCCAAGUUACCCUUAUGUACAUCGAAAUUGAGAAGCACGAAGCCGUUCUGGAAGAGCUUGUAAAGGGGAUGGAGCAUAAGAAUCCAAAAAUAGUUUCAGCUUGUGUGGCCUGCACCACGCUAGCAUUAAAAGAGUUCGGUUCUAAGGUGGUCAACGUAAAACCGCUCAUUAAAAAAUUAGCACCUUUGAUGAGUGAUCGUGACAAAGCCGUAAGGGAAGAGGGGAAGCAGUUAGCCAUUGAAAUCUAUAGAUGGAUUGGCCCUGCUAUGAAGCAACAGAUAUCAUCACUUCCACAGGUGACUAUUAAAGAAUUGGAGGACGAGUUUGACAAACUUAAGGGUGAAAAGGCUGAACCUUCGCGUUAUUUAAAGUCGCAACAGGAAAAACAGCAACAAAUAUCAGCAGCUGCGGCCGAAAGCAAUGACAAUGGAAACGAUGACGAUGUGGAUGCAGGUGGUGAAGAAAUAGACCCAAUGGAUCUUAUAGAUCCAGUUGAUAUAUUGUCAAAAAUGCCGAAAGAUUUCUACGAAAAACUGGAAGAGAAAAAAUGGACUUUGAGAAAAGAAUCGCUCGAAGCUCUCGAGAAACUUUUAACAGACAAUCCUAAAUUGGAGAGCGGAGACUACGGUUCAUUGGUUACGGCAUUAAAGAAAGUUAUCACAAAAGAUUCCAAUGUGGUUUUGGUGGCCAUGGCUACGAAAUGCUUAGCCAUGUUGGCCAAGGGAUUGGGAAAGCGAUUUUCUCCUUAUGCAAUGGCUUGCAUACCUUCGCUUUUGGAGAAAUUUAAGGAAAAGAAGGCGAAUGUUGUUACCGCACUGCGUGAGGCAAUGGACGCUAUUUACCCGUCAACAAAUUUGGAAGCUAUGCAAGAGCAUAUAGUAGAGUCAUUGGGUAAUAAAAAUCCCAGCGUAAAGUCAGAAACGGCUGCAUUUUUGGCUAGAGCAUUUGCUAGAACUCAGCCGACUGCUAUCAAUAAAAAGUUAUUGAAACUUUUUGUAUCGACCUUAAUAAAAACAUUGAAUGAAUCCGAUCCCACUGUAAGGGACAGUUCCGCUGAUGCAAUUGGAACUCUAUUGAAACUGAUGGGGGAGAAACAAGUUGGUCCUUUCCUGGUUGAUGUGGACGCAUUAAAAAUGGCAAAAAUUAAAGAAUGUCAAGAAAAGGCCGAAAUCAAAGUCAAAAUAGCCGGAAUCAAAAAAGAAAGACCAGCAACAGCUCCAACGUCAGUUCCAGCUAGCAAGUCAUCGUCUUCAACGACCUCCGCAGCACCAAAGGGCGGGUCUAGCGAACCGAAACCAGUAAGUAGGCCUUCAACCGCUGGAGCUAAAAAACCGGUACCGAAAAAGGCUGGCGUAAGUGGAGGAUCGAGCGGAGCCCCUUUGUCAAAGAGUGCAAGCACUGCUAAGGUAUUGGCCACAGAGAGGGAAAUGGCACCUGAGGAAAUACAAGGGAAGGCAGAGGAACUUUUAUCGCCCGCAAUACUUUCAGGACUCGUCGAUUCAAAUUGGAAAAAUAGGUUGGCUGCCGUCGAAAGUUUGCUGCAAGAAAUGCCUAAUUUUGAUACUAAAACUCCGGGACUAUCUCAGGUAUUAAUCAGAACCAUAAGCGGCCGCAAGCCUGGUUUGAAAGAAAUGAAUUUCCAAGUUUUGAAAUUCAAAUUGGACAUAAUACGAACCAUUUCGGAGACCUGUCCAGUAACUGCAACCACAAUUGAUGUCGUUGUCAAUGAAAUAACGGAAAAACUGGCGGAUAUCAAAAAUGGAGGUGCUGCUGCAGACGUAUUGUCUGCAUUUGCUGAAUCAACUAAGCUUGAGUACGUUGUGGGCAAAGUACUAUCCUUUGCAUUCGAACAAAAGUCUCCGAAGGUUCAAUCGGAGGCAAUUAACUGGGUAAACAAGUCCAUUCUAGAAUUUGGCUUCCAGUUACAACCAAAACUGCUGAUUGAAGAUGUGCGAAAGGCAGUUCAAAGUACCAAUCCAACGGUUAGAACUGCGGCGAUAGGUCUAGUCGGAACAAUGUCCAUGUAUAUGGGAAAUGCUUUGAUGAUGUUCUUUGAUGGGGAAAAGCCCGCUCUCAAGUCUCAAAUACAAGCAGAAUUUGACAAGAACGUGGGAGAGAAGCCACCUAAGUCGAUUAGAGGAAUAAAGAAAUCCGCUUCAAGUAGCGCUGGUGGUGGCGAUGGCGAUGCUGACGCCGAUACAGGUGCAGAUGAUGAAGAAGACCAAGAACCAAUGAACAUUGCAGAUUUAUUGCCGAGAGUGGAUAUUUCUCCUCAAAUAACAGAAGCCUUGUUAAAGGAAAUGUCCGACAAGGAUUGGAAGGCUAGAAAUGAAGGUCUCAAUAAACUUCAAAUCAUAAUAAGUGAAGCUAAGCUGAUUAAGCCAAAUAUCGGCGAUCUGGCGCCAGCAUUAGCCCUACGCUUGUUGGAUUCAAAUGCCAAGAUAGCUCAGACUGCAUUGGCGAUUUGUGAGCAAUUGGCUAAUGCAAUGGGACCAGGAUGUAAGAACCACGUGAGAGUGCUUUUCCCUGGCUUUUUGCACGCUUUGGGGGACAGCAAAAGUUUUGUCCGAGCUGCAGCUCUUAAUUGCAUAAAUAGUUUUGGAGAAAAAGGCGGCUACAAAGAGUUCUUCGAAAACGAAAUGAUUGCCGAUGCACUAAAAGGAGGAUCUCCCACACUGAAAUCGGAGUUGUGGGCCUGGUUAGCCGAGAGACUGCCACAAAUGCCACCUAAAAGUAUACCAAAGGAUGAGUUGACAGCAAUGGUUCCACACCUAUAUGCACACAUAUGCGAUCGCAAUGCAGACGUGCGUAAAAACUCAAACGAGGCCGUCCUGGGUGUUAUGAUUCACUUGGGAUUCGAAGCUAUGGUAAAGGCCUUGGACAAACAAAAACCCGCUUCCAAAAAAGACAUACAGGCAGCUCUAGAUAAAGCGCGACCCAAUUUGCCUGUUAAACCCCUGCCAAAGGGUAAGCAACAAGCGCCAAUUGUGGAAGACACUAAAAAGUCUAUUCGUGGGGGUGGCGGAGGGGGAGCAGCAUCUGCUGGCCCCCAGAAGGGACCUGCAAGCAAGAUCGCAUCUGCUGCCAAGAGCGGCAGUUCAUCAUCGUCCAGAAAGAAGGAAGAAGACGUUGACACUUCCCCACUUCUAGCCGUUAACAACACCAAAAAUCAACGACUAAUUGACGAGCAAAAAAUGCGAGUACUUAAGUGGACGUUCACCACGCCCAGAGAAGAAUUCAUCGAUUUGCUAAGAGAACAAAUGACAACGGCUAAUGUCAACAAGGGGCUAAUGGCCAACAUGUUCCACGAUGACUUUAGAUAUCAUUUAAAAGUCAUUGAAUCACUAAUGGAAGAUUUGCCCCAAAAUCCAAAGGCACUGAUCUGUAACUUGGACUUGAUCCUAAAGUGGCUUUCUUUGCGCUUUUACGAUACCAACCCUUCAGUAUUAAUUAAGGGUCUUGAGUAUUUACAUCAAGUAUUUUUGGCAUUAGUCGAACACGAGUACAUUUUGGCAGAGAAUGAGGGCAGUUCAUUUAUUCCUCACCUCCUGUUAAAGCUGGGCGAUCCGAAAGACGCUGUGCGCAAUGGGGUGCGAUCGUUACUGCGACAAAUACUCUUGGUUUACCCAUUUGCCAAAGUAUUUGUUUAUGUUAUGGAAGGUUUAAAAUCCAAAAACGCCCGUCAACGCACAGAAUGCCUGGAUGAACUGGGCUAUUUAAUUGAAAGCUACGGCUUAACUGUUUGCCAGCCUUCGCAACAAGUCGCUUUAAAGGAGAUCGCCCGUCACAUAUCCGAUCGCGAUAACAGCGUGCGCAAUGCCGCUCUCAACUGUGUGGUCCAAGCUUACUUCAUAGCUGGGGAAAAGAUCUACAAACUCAUCGGUCAAAUGAAUGACAAGGAUUUGUCUAUGCUCGAUGAACGCAUUAAACGAGCCAAAAAGCCUCAAAAGAAAGCUCCCGAGGCAAACACUAGUGCAAAAUCAGCCGCACAAAUAGUUCAACAGGACAGUAUUGAAAUUGAGGAUCCUUCGACAAACGGUUGUGACGAGCUGCCGCCACCUGAAGAACACAACCAGAGUUCUGAUUAUGAAGCGAAUGAUGCAAUUAAUAGCUCGUUGGAAGAAAGAGAUGUGUGCGCAACAUCGCUCAUACGACAAGCGACUUUUGACCAACCGAACUCUUCUCCCAUUGCCACGGUACAACAGCAGCAACAACAACCGCCAAAAACAACUGGGCCCUUCGGCCUUGAUCCCAACAAAAUUGCAGAAAUUGAAAAGGAUUGGGUUCGUGUAGAUCAAAUCGAGAAAGUUGUGGUACCAAAUGUGGAUAUAUCCCUGCUCUUUGAACCGAUAAAAGUCCUGCCAACUAAGGAUGGCGUUAGGUAUCCACAGGAAAAGUUUGAACAACUUUUGGCUCGUUCUCGUUACAUGCAACAGAAUCACACAACGCCUCCUCCGUCAUCGGGAAUGGGAGCAGGAAAUGGCGGCAUUAUGGCUAACAAUGUAUCGCCCUAUUUAAGUCCCCAGCAACAGCAGCAACAGUUCAACGCAGCCUUAUACCAACAGCCAUUUGGAAAUAAUUCCGCCAAUCUGGCGGAUGUAUUGCCCAAGCAUGACCCUCAUUUGAUCAAAAUCAUCAAGGCCACAAGCAGCACAGACACCUUAAAGGCUAGGGCUGCUAUCAAUGAACUCCAAGAGAUUAUAGAUUCUCCUGAGAAGCAAGCUGUUCUCCGAGACUAUGAAGAGAUUUUCAUACAGAAUGUGCUCGCCCAGUUGAAGAAUCUUUCACAAAUUCCCAUUUCAGAAUCUCUGGUGGUCUACCAACCAUUGCUUUCGAUUUUGUACUCGUUUUUCUUAUCGAAGACGUUGGGAAAAACGUUAAGUGUUGCCUGUAUUAAAAAUCUUAUGUCGGUCUUGCUUCACCUAUUGGCUGACCAAAAACUUAAUACUGGCGACGAUGGGCAGUACAACAAAGUUAUCAACGGUAUCUGUGUCAAGGUGUUGGAUAAGUCCAACUUUACAAAUAUGAACUGUGCACUGAUACGUCUCUUACGCGAGACUUGCCCCGAGGCAGGACUACCGAAAUUCACGGAUCUGUUGAUGAAAUGUAUAUGGCGCAAUGUUAAAACCCUGCCGGAACGGAGCAAUGAGCUUAACUAUGAUGCUGUUAUGUUGGAGGUUCAUGAGUUUAUGUUAGCCUUGCCCAGUUCUUGGUGGCAAACUAGGCCUUCCGACACGCCCCUUAGGACAGUCAAGACCAUUAUUCAUAAUAUGGCAAAAGUGAAGGGAAAUGCCAUACUUCAACACCUUAAUCAAAUUCCUACGCAUUCUGAACUCCACGCGUAUUUAAUAAAAAUUCUGAAGAAUCUGCAGAAGGAAGGAAACUUACCAAGCUCGUCGCCACAACGUUCUGUCUCUUCCAAAGAUAUGUUAGCCAAACAACGCAUUUCAAACCAAGCUCACGAAACUAUGUCGCAGAUUUUCAAAUUGAUAUCUGACAAAGACACAAAACAGCUGGGUCUGAACAAAUUGUACGAAUUUAAGAUGAAGAAUCCAGAAAUCGAUGUAUCCACUUUCCUCAAAGGAGCCAGUCCUAGUUUCCAAAAAUAUAUUGAAGAGGGCUUAGCUGAAAUACAACGCGCCGCUGGUGAUGGAAGUGCAGUCCAAACUGCUUUGGCUUCGCAAAUGGGUGACAAUCGGCUGGCCAUACGCCCUUCGUAUCUAACAGAUGCCAAUUACCAAAAUCAACAAUCUCCUACUAUAUCAGAAAACUCCUCCGGCGUGAAGCCAGAUCCCGACUUUUGGAUGGACAGACUGAACCACUUGAGAGCAAAGGCUAAUUUGGCGCCUCAUCGUAAUGCUGAUGGCGUCAUUGUUGGCAGUAAUUCUCACUUUUCAAUGAUGGACAACAAGGUGAUGGAUGAGAAUCUCAACUUGAAUUCCAUGAACGCCCAAAAAGUAUCAGUGAUGAGGAGAGAUAAACCGGAAAUGUCUCCCAAUCGAUUACAACACAUACAGGCCAAAUUGGCUCAAAUAAAAAAGGAAAGUCACACCUAGAUCCAUCCAAUAUUUAAAUAUGAUAGGGUUUAUAGCCAUUAACUAACACUGAGUAUUUUAUAUUCCGGUCGUCUUACUUGAAUGCCACACUCUGUAAAAUGGAGAUGGUAUGGAAAAAAGCCCCCUCUCUCCCGAAUCUCUACAAGGCAAAACCACGCACUAAACUCUCUAAGGAGAAGCAUUUGCUUUCUCUCCCUCUUUUAAGCAUAUUAAAGAAAAUAGCAGCCGUAAAUAAAACAAACAAUCUACAAUCGCUUGUCGUGGCAUGCUAUUGCAACUAGAUCGCGAGCCUGUCAUAGUGCAUUCAGGCCAUGAGCUACCCUUUGUCAAAUAUAAGUAUUUCGUCUGUACACCAAUGACAUAACUUAUUUAAACAAAGCAAUUUAUGAUACCGAAAUAUUUCAAUCUUUUAACUUGAACACUAAACAAAACUAAAUACUAAAACCCAAAAGAAAAACGUAAUAAUAAUGGAAUGAGAGAAAGUCGUAGAAUGAACGCAUAUUUUCUUACUGAAUAUCACAGUCCUAGUUAAGAAACGUUUAUAAUUCUAAAACAAUAGAUUGCUUACAGAAUUUGUCCUUGUUAUUUAGUAGGAAAUCUGUUUCGUUUUAUUAUUUAUAAAUUGAUUGUUUGUUGUACUAUAACAUUUUGUUUCUGUUUUUCCUCAUUCUUCGGAAAACUGUUAGGCGUAAUUGUAUCGACAUAUAUUAUCAAACCCAGUAAUGGAGUGUACGAUUUUCAGUGGGCCGAGCCCAACAGUCCUUUGUGGAAUGUUUCGUUCUGAGUUGCGUGCGUUGUAUGUUGGUGAACUACUGUCGUUAUAUUAAAAUACUCACCAUUUUCCACAUGCUUAUAUUUAUUAAUUAACUCAUACUCAUUUUUUUAUUAUUAAAAUAGCUUAAGCAUUUUGUAUUGCUAAUGAUUUCAUAUUGUUUUUUUUUAAUUUUGCUAAAAUUAGUUGGUAAUUUAUAAUAAACCACUCUCUUGAAACUUAAUAUUUAAUUCAUACAAAUAUAAUCGAAUUAUAAAAUAUAAUAAAAAGAAUAUAUAUCUCAAA